GCAACAGGGCGCUGAAAACCUCAUUAGGCGCUGAAUACAGAUCAAAAGUGGUAGAUACAGAAGUGAAACGACAGAUUCCAGGCAUGCAGGCUUUUUCGACACUGUUGCAGCGCAUGUCUGCAAGGAAGGCCUCAAAGCAGCCGUCCCCCUGCAGCGCUGGGAAAAGUGCUUUGUCUGAACCAGAGAGCCAAUUGAAUAAAGAUUCGGAGUCCUGCCUUCAGGCUAUCUCCAGUGGAACCCGGAGCAUGUCUGCAGAGCUGGCAAUGACUUCAAAGAUUCCCCACAGAGAAAAGGCGCCCCUGGCAUCCAGAUUACUCCCCGCAAAGGAUCACAACGAUCACAGGUCUGAGCGUGUGAAACACAAAGGAUUAAAAGGAUCCACCCAAGCGAGCAAGCAAACACAAAGCCGGGACGUCCUGAAGAGCAACAGCAAGAUGAAACACCUUUUCAACAAAACAAACGUUGAGGAUGUCAUACACCCCAAAGCUGAGACUACGUUUGCCUUCCCAGCAAGUACUGACACUGUCCCGCAUGUUCCCACACGUGAUACAGGCUCACUGUACAGUGAAUCUGAAGAAGAGGAGGAGGCAGAUAAUGACCCAUCAAGCUCACUGUACAGUGAAUCUGAAGAAGAGGAGGAGGCAGAUAAUGACCCAUCAAGCUCACUGUACAGUGAAUCUGAAGAAGAGGAGAAGGCAGAUAAUGACCCAUCAAGCUCACUGUACAGUGAAUCUGAAGAAGAGGAAGAGGCAGAUAAUGACCCAUCAGGCUCCUGUCAGGGCACAUUUAGAGAGGCCACCUAUCCAUGGCAAGUUUCUCGGUCAAGCUCAGCCUUCCGUUGCUUCUCUCACAGUUCACACCUAAGUACAUCAACAGUUUCACCUGUUGGUCGUCAUGGAUACGGUCCUGGUCCUUUCCUGGAGCGAACAAGGCGACCUCAUGCAGCAUCGCUGUUAUCUACCACUGACAAACUCAAUAGGGGUUUUGUAGGCUGUGUGAGUAGCACUCAGCAGACACACCAACAUCUCCAUAAGUUUCAAAGCAGCUGGCCAAGCACAGCCUCUUCACACAGGACUGUCGGCUUCUGUUCUGCUGGGUUUGCUGAGAAGCAAAGCUACCGUACCACUGACUACAAAUCGAGGUCUUCUAAUGAGUCCUGGCGUCUAAGUGCCUCUGGACAGGUAGAUAAUCUGAAUGUGGAUGAUAUGACGACGUGUAGUGAUAUCAAAGAGCGAGUACCCAGUCAAGAAUGUCAAGAAGCCCGGGAAGGAGCUACUGCUGCCCAAAACGCUCAGUCUCUAAAGGAUCGCAGCAAAGAGACUGUUUGCAGACCCAAACAAAGGUUAUUAGAUGAGUCAUCUGAUGAGGAAGAAGGGGAGCAAUGUCGAAUCUGCCACAGUGGCGAGAGUUCACCAACCAACCCACUGAUAUCACCGUGCCUGUGUUCAGGCAGUAUGCAGUUCGUUCACCUCGACUGCCUGAAGAAAUGGAUUAGGACAAAAAUCGAGUCAGGGUCAGGGCCCUAUACUGUCAAAAGAUGUGAACUUUGUAUGGGGAGGCUGACUCUGGACCCGGAUACACUUCACUUGGACGUUUACUACAGAGAACAACAGCAACAGAUGUUGGGCAACCCUGACCUGUAUGAUCUCAAUGAUGUGUUUGGAAUGCUAAGGCGGCCAAGACUUGUGCACGUUCCGAUAUGGUCAUUGCUUUCCAACCUAAGGAGAAGACUCCUCAGAGGGAGGAGGAACCCCUCACCACAAGAGACAUCGGACACUUGAUCCUCAGCCAAACUCCUUUUUUUUCCACAUCUUUGCUGAUGUGGAACUAAACACACAUGUUUUACAAUAAACCACCAUGCAUCUAA